CUUGGUGGCCAUCGAUUUAGCCCUGCGAUUCUCUCUCUCUCUCUCUCUCUCUCUCACUCCUCAACUCUCUGAAGCCCUAGCGAUAUGGCUUCACGCAGACUUCUCUCCUCUCUUCUCAGAUCCUCCCCGCGCAGAGCUUCUUCCAGAUCUCCUCUCUCGAAUCCCAAUCCAAGGAUUUCCCCCGUCACAACGUCGCGCGCUUCCCCUUGUGGGUAUAUCCUCUCUCGCGUGGCCGAGUAUGCGACCUCUGCUGCGGCAGCUGCGCCUCCGUCACCACCGCCUUCGGCGAAGAAGGACGCCGGAAAGGGCGGGAAGAUCACUGAUGAGUUUACUGGUGCCGGUGCGAUCGGACAGGUCUGCCAGGUGAUCGGUGCUGUUGUCGAUGUGAGAUUCGAUGAGGGGUUGCCGCCGAUCCUGACGGCUCUUGAGGUGCUUGACAACUCGAUCCGUUUGGUCCUCGAGGUCGCUCAGCAUUUGGGAGAGAACAUGGUUCGGACCAUUGCUAUGGAUGGGACUGAAGGGCUUGUUAGAGGACAGCGUGUGCUGAAUACCGGCUCUCCUAUUACUGUGCCUGUUGGUAGGGCUACACUUGGUCGUAUCAUAAAUGUUAUUGGAGAACCCAUUGAUGAGAGAGGCGAUAUUAAGACCGACCAUUUCCUACCAAUUCAUAGAGAAGCUCCUGCAUUUGUUGAGCAGGCAACUGAACAGCAGAUUCUUGUCACUGGAAUCAAGGUUGUUGACCUUCUUGCUCCAUACCAAAGAGGUGGAAAGAUUGGACUGUUUGGUGGUGCUGGUGUAGGAAAAACUGUUCUUAUCAUGGAGCUAAUUAACAAUGUUGCCAAAGCUCAUGGUGGUUUUUCUGUGUUUGCUGGUGUUGGGGAACGCACUCGUGAGGGCAAUGAUUUGUACAGGGAAAUGAUUGAGAGUGGUGUCAUUAAGCUAGGUGACAAGCAGGCCGACAGCAAAUGUGCCCUUGUAUAUGGUCAAAUGAACGAGCCACCUGGUGCUCGUGCUCGUGUUGGUCUUACUGGACUAACUGUGGCUGAGCACUUCCGUGAUGCUGAAGGGCAAGAUGUGCUUCUCUUCAUUGACAACAUUUUCCGUUUUACCCAGGCUAAUUCAGAGGUGUCUGCUUUGCUUGGUCGUAUCCCAUCUGCUGUCGGUUACCAACCAACCUUGGCUACUGAUCUUGGAGGCCUUCAAGAGCGUAUCACAACCACAAAGAAAGGUUCUAUCACUUCAGUGCAAGCUAUCUAUGUGCCUGCUGAUGACUUGACAGAUCCUGCUCCUGCUACCACAUUUGCUCACUUGGAUGCCACAACUGUGUUGUCACGACAGAUCUCCGAGCUUGGUAUUUAUCCUGCUGUCGAUCCAUUGGACUCUACAUCUCGUAUGCUUUCUCCUCAUAUUUUGGGUGAGGAACACUACAAUACUGCUCGUGGAGUUCAGAAGGUCCUUCAAAAUUACAAGAACUUGCAAGAUAUUAUUGCCAUUUUGGGUAUGGAUGAGCUCAGCGAAGAUGACAAGUUGACGGUUGCACGUGCUCGUAAGAUCCAAAGGUUCUUGAGUCAGCCUUUCCAUGUCGCAGAAGUCUUCACGGGUGCUCCUGGGAAAUACGUGGAAUUGAAAGAGAGUAUUACUAGCUUCCAGGGAGUGUUGGAUGGGAAGUACGAUGAUCUUUCAGAACAAUCAUUUUACAUGGUCGGAGGUAUUGAGGAGGUGAUUGCCAAGGCAGAGAAGAUUGCCAAGGAAUCUGCUGCUCAGUAGUUUACUCAUCUUUUUUUUUUUCUCUCUUUGAUAAUUAUGAAAAUUAAUAAUUUAGGUGAUGUGUUGGCGAUGCCAGCAACAAGGCUUUUGAUAUAUUUUUUUUGAGAUGUAACGGAACCAGAGAUCUUCUUCUGCUUUGUUUUAGUUCUUGUUGCAGAAUCUGAAAGAGAGUUUCACCAGCCUUCUUCGGCUACUUCCUCUGCCCUUCUUUUCUUUUUUCUUUAAUAAGGGGAGGAAACAAGACAUGUACAUUUUUCCUUUUUUGACAACUUUUUAUGAACCAUAUAAAUCAAAUCCCUUGUUUUAUAUGAUGAAA